AACUAGAAAAUCGGAAGAAUAAAUGGACGGUGGAAGAAGGAAGCCCUUCUCGCCGGACUAGCCAAGCACGGUUCCGGAAAAUGGACAAGUAUUUUAGACGAUCCAGAGUUCGCGGCUCAACUUCUAGAUCGCACAAACAUUAACCUCAAGGAUAAAUGGCGUAAUAUAAAGAAAUCAAGGACACAAUCACUCGAAUCUACCUCCAUUUUCACUUCACCUUCAGAGACUUCUCGUUCUGUUGUUAGCUAUGAGGCUUCUCCUAGUAGUUCAUCUGAUAUGAGCAAUGAUGCUAGGUAUGAUGCGAUGGUUUUUGAGGCUGUAUCAACAAUUAAUGAUGAAAAUGGUUCCAAUCUCAAAGAGAUUCUCAGAUUUAUCGAGGGACAACAUGAGGUUCCACAAAACUUUAAGAAACUGUUGAGUUAUAGCCUGGGAAUCCUUGUUUCUCAAGACAAACUCAAAAAGGUACGAAAUCGUUACAAAAUCUCAGUUACGAAAGCAAUUAAGCCAACACUCACCCUGCGUCCAAAAGAUUCCACGAAGCCACCAGAGUUACCAAACUGGUACGAGGAGCAACAAGACUUUAGGAUGUUUUUGAGUGAGUGCCUGAUAAUUCUCGUUUCUCAAGGCAAACUGGAAAAGGUAUUGGAUCGCUACAAGAUAUCAGAAUUAGAAAACAAAGUGUUGGAAGUAGCACCAGAAGUUGUAGCAAUGAAACUAGCAGAGUCAGAUAACAAAAGGUUGAUAGCAGCAGAGGCAGUCGAAGAAGAAGAACGAAUGCACAAGUUAGUAGAAGAAAGCCACACGAUGCUUCAAUUAUGCUUAGAGAUCCACCAACAAUGUGCUCUUGGCCAAGAGGUUGUUCUACUGUAAAAGAAAACCAAGUAUCUAUCUAGUUUGCUUCAAUCUAUAUUUUACUUAACUAACCACUUGAGUUUUGUUUUUGUAGUUCUUAAACACAGGUUUAUAUGGUUGUAAUGGUGAACUAAUGUUCACUGUUUUGUUCAUAAAAAGAUAGCUUUUUUUUUUUUUGCUAAAAAACAAUGACGUGUCUAUGGAGUCUUGUGAAUGCUUUGCUACGUCAUAAAGCAUCAAAAGGUGCUGGAAAGAAUAA